GUGGCUGCUCGGGUUGGUGAGUCAGAGUGAGAGCGAGGGAGUCGCUGCUGCACUUCUUCUUCUUCUUCUUUUUCUUCUUCUUACUGAAGAAAAACGAGAGGAAAAAAAGAGAAAUCGCGCGGCCUCCUCCACUUUUACACUUUUUUUCACGUGAACUUUAUCUGCUGUUGGUGCGAAGAGGAGCGGUGGAGGGCAGCCUGGCGUCCGGCAGCUUCAGCGGGCCUGUUCCGGCACUCUAGACACACCCUUGGAUAUCUUUUUUCUUCUUUUAUUUAUCUUUUUUCCUGCUGUUCUUCGGGUUUUUACAUUUUUCACUAGUUUUUUUGUUGUAAUUCUCGUUUGAAAUCUUCUGCGGAUCUUCUACGAGUCAUGGAGCGUGAGAGAAAGAGCUGCUGUGCUGAGGUGUAGAAGCUCCAGAUGCCGCCAGAGUGGCACUCAGCCUGAGAACCAGGGAAGAGCCGCCACCCUCCUCCAUCAGACGCCGCCACCCACAAUCCCCCGCCACUGAAAAGCAGCCGGCUGAGUGAGGAACAGAAAGAGAGAAAGAGAAAGAGAGAGAGAGAACAGCAACACAAAAACCUAAAGCAGAAAAAGGGAACUAGGAGGGGUUGCGCCUUUUUUGGUCCCCAGUAUCGCCUCUUGUUUGUGAAAGCAGCAGAAUUUCCUCAGCAGUGGGCCGGCCGGACUCCGGGUCUUUUUCUCGUGGCGAGGGGCGUGGUGGUUUGGUGUGGAGAGCGUGGGGGAUUCUCUGGAGAGGCAGGAGUAUCUGCCUGUCAGUCUGAGCCCUCCCCAAAACCCCGCCCCCCCAUUCCCACACCAGCUGCUGAAGCACCAUGACCACUGCAGUCCAGCCCAGCGAGCUCGUCUUUGAGUUCGCCAGCAAUGGCAUGGAUGAAAUCAACCAGCUGGACGACCCGUCAGUGUUCCCCGCCGUCAUCGUGGAGCAUGUCCCCGCCGCUGACCUCAUGCAGGUGUACUCAGGUCUGGAGGCGGACGAGGUGACCAAUGGCAUCAUGGUGGACACGAUGCAGGACGUGGUGGAGGAGAGCAUCAUGGUGGGAGAUGUGGGGCUCUCAGUGGAGACGCCGGUCUCUGGAGCAGAAGAUAAUUUAGAGACGACGGAGGCGGCCGAGGCUCUGCUGAACAUGGAGUCUCCCAACAACAUCCUGGAUGAGAAGCGAAUGAUUCAUCCAUACGGAGCUCUGCUGGAUUCAGAUCUGACCUACAUCUCCCUGCGGCCGGAGCAGCUCUCCGCCGACUGCAUGGACGUGUCUCUGGACGAGGAGACGUCCUCCAUGGACGAGAUUCCUCAGAAGACUGUCUGCAAACCGGUCAGGAAAAACAAAGUACGCAAACCGAGAAUGGUGCGCCCCUGUUCCCCCAUCACCAACCCAACACUUCCCCUGAAGAAGAAGAGCAAAGAGGGAAAAGGUAACACCAUCUACCUGUGGGAGUUCCUGCUGGCUCUGCUGCAGGACAAGAACACCUGUCCCAAAUACAUCAAGUGGACGCAGAGAGAGAAGGGCAUCUUCAAGCUGGUGGACUCCAAGGCCGUGUCCAAGCUGUGGGGGAAGCAUAAGAAUAAGCCGGAUAUGAACUACGAGACCAUGGGCCGAGCACUCAGGUAUUACUAUCAGAGGGGUAUCCUGGCGAAGGUCGAGGGCCAGCGGCUGGUUUAUCAGUUUAAGGAGAUGCCCACGGACCUGGUGGUGAUUGAUGAAGACGAGGAUCAGUGUGGAGACUCCAGCCCGGCGUACGGAGGCCAGCGCUCCGCUCCCGGCGGCCGGGCGGUGAGCCGCGGGGCGUCCCGGGCCCAGGGGAAAGGAUCGGGACACAUGCCGGCCAGAUCAGUGAAGAGAGAGCCGAGUCCCGGCCUGCUGUACCACACCGCCAGCGGCAAACACACCCAACACCUCCUGCAGACCGUACACGUCCUACAACCCAACCAGGGAGCUGCUGUUCCUGCACCCACACACACUGUGAGAACCAUUAACAUGCCCGCCACAGUUCCCAUGGUGCUCACCUCCGGACCGCAGGGAGGAGCUCCGGUCACCCUCCAGACCAUGCCCUUCUCCUCAGUGCUGUCCAACGGGGACUCCUCCGCCCACAGGUCCCCGCCUCGGGUCAUCCUCCACACCGUGCCUUCCUCCAGUCCCGGGGGCAAAGACGUGUUAACCAUACAGACCGCCUCGCUGACCACCGACCACGGGGCCGUCCAGCACCCCCAGCAGCUCCUGAUGUCCGGCGGCGGCGGCGCGGCGCAGCAUUCGGGCGCUCUGAACGGCCUGACCCGCCUCGUCACCCUCAACGCCUCCAGCACAGGGCAGCCUGUGGUUGCCCAGCAGCCCGGGACGGUCAUCGCCACCGUGCUGAAGUCCGGCGAACUGCAGAGCCUGCAGGUCAAAGAGGAGGUCCUGGACCCUCAGUACCUUCAGUCGUUGGUUAACUGCAACCCCGUAUCCAUCGGCAACCACUUUUGCAAGGAGGAAAUGGACGCGGGGGAGGCGGAGCUUUACCAAAAGACUGUAAUCAUCGGUGCCGGCGGUCAAAUAAUCAACGGACACUCAAGAGACAUGAGUUCUGAGCUGGCGAGAAGCCCGAGCGAAGGUUUGACCCCUGUGGAGGAGCUGGAGGUCAAAAGCGAAAUGGUAAAUGGUACCAUUGGUAUUUCCUCACCAACCACCAUCACCAACACAAACACCACCACCAUGCAGAUACCCACCACUCAGUUCAUCCAGGUAAAGAUGGAGAUUUCAGAGACCUAAAAAGAAGAGAACCUGAGACGAACCAGCCCAUAUCAGAACCAGCCCAGAACCAAUUAACCCAACAACAAAAAAAACCCCCAAAAGAACCAACCAGAAACUAAGAAGCUCAUCAGAUAUCCAACAUUAAAAACCCAAGAACCUAAGGAUGGAUGGUUGGUUGGUUGGAUGGAUGGAUUCUACAGUAAAAGGCAUGGAUGCUGCUGGAUGGACCUGCUGUUUUCUCUACUCUAUUUUUUUUUGGUUUUAUUUCGUUUUUUUUACAGCUUUUCUUGUCAUAUAGUGCCUAAAUUUAAUUUCUAUUAUAUAUUGAGGGAUAAUAAUAAUAAUAUAAUAAAGUACACAGUACGAAAGUUCCCUGAAUCUAGAGAAAGAUCUAGAUCCAGACGCUUUCGACUCUACUUCUUCUCCUACUUCCCCACCUCCAAACCCCCCGACCAAUCAGAGAGCAGCCACCUCCACUUAUCGGAGCGGGGACAGUUCCACCACAUGUGCCAGUUCAGACAUUUCUCUCUCUUUUUUCUGCCCGUUUCAUCUCCAAAGAGUCGCGUUUGCCCUUUUCAAGACACUCAAAUCUCUCAAAACUCCACUUAAAGAGGGGCGGGAGAGAAGAAAGUGCGCAGGAAGUGAGGCGAAGUGCGGUUUGACGGACAGCCGCCGCGAAACCGAAGCAUGAAAAACCAUAGAAAUAAAUAAAUAAAUAAAUAAACACGUACACAAACACACACCGUGGACUUUCAGGUUCAAGAAAAUAUAUUUUAAUAUUUUUGUUCAAAGCCGUCGUCAGAACGAGACGCGUCCGCCGGCGGUUACCUGCUGAUAAGGGCGCCGCUCCUGAAAUAAAAAAAAAAUAAAUAAAUAAAAAAAAAAGAAGUGUGGCCUUUCGGAUUUGGACUGAACGGAUUUCCGGAUUUCUUCUUUAUUCCCCGAGUUGGAGAGUCAGAAACAGUCCGAAAAUAUUAUUUUUUUGAACAGAAUGAAUAUUAUGAUCGUUAUAUUAUCAUCAUCAUCAUAAUGAGAGCGAGAGGGUGAAUGUGUUGUUUCGGGUUCAGAUACACAGGACUGUACAUUUCUUGUAGCAUAAAAACUAUAAACUAUAAAAAAUAUAAUAAAACUAUAAAAAACACACAGUUAAAAGCCAUUAAGAUUAAGACUGAAGGUCUUAAAUUCUUAAAAGGAUUCCUACUGGGUUUAUUUUUUAAUUUUUUACACCGUACUUCAUUCAAGCCUUGUUACUGUGGACUAGAAACGGGCAUUGCGUGUCCUGAGCGCUGAAAGACAUGCUUGAAUGAGUUAGAUGCUUGUAAAUAUUAAAAUAUAGAAUAUUUACUGACUAUAAAAAAAGACAUUUGACAAAGAUAAAGAGAUUCUACAGCAGAUUCCAGAAAAACUAAAGGAUUUCCGAAAGAGAAAGUCCUGUAUACUUUGAUACGCCCUGUUCAUAAUGAGGAAAGAGGAUAUGAAAUGAAUGCCAUGGAAUACACAGAUUAUGCAUAUAUGCAUAUAUAAAUAUAUAUAUAUAUAUAUAUGGUAUACAUAUGGUAUGCAUUUGAGAUCCAGAUUCAUUUGAUGGCCACACAUUUAUUUAUUUUGUGAAAAUUAUGUCAAAAUCCUGUAAAAAAAAAAGCCUUAAUUUUUUAUUGUUCCAAUAUGCAAAAAGGAGGGAAGCGACCCAGAAUCAGCAGUGCUUUAGUUUUACUGUUCUAUUGUUCUAUUGUUUUAUUGUUUUAUUGCCUUACCUUUUAUAUUUUAUCUAUUUCCAAUAUAAGGGGAUAUGUUUAAAAAGGAAAAAAAAACUUUAUAGCUUUUUGAGAUUUAUCUUUGUUGUCUUUGUUAUAAUUUGGUGUCUACUGUGAUGCAUUUAAAGCCAUUAUUAUUAUUAUCUUUAUUUUUUUUUAAACAGAUCUUUUGAUCUUCUUUUGAUGUUUCAUUUCAUUUUCUGUCCUUUUUUAAUGCUGGCAUACUCUUACCCCAUUUCAGUGAGUCAAAAUAAUAAAAUAUAUAAUAAAUAUAAAAAAAACAGAACCAAGAACCACCCUUUCCCUUCUAUUACUGUACAAUAAUUCUAUUAUUCCUACUGUAUGUAAUAUAUGUUCCAACAGAAAAUGUCUCAAUAAAUGGUUAUAAUAUAUAUUUUUAUAUACAUUUUUGAAAUUUCAACAUUAUUCAAUAUAUUAUUCCAGAAGUUACUUUCCAGAUUCUAAGUGUCAUAACUAAAAAUCAGAGUAAAAUAUAGACAUAAAACACAUUAUUAAUAUAUUUUGUUUUGAUCAGCAGAAUUUACCCUAUCUAACCUGUGCAACAUUAUCUGUCAUUAACUAUCAGUGAGUAAUCUAGCUCAGAAAAACCGUUCUCAGCAACAGUUGUUAGCAUUACAGCUAAUCUGCUAUUCUAUGCUUCACACCAAUAAGAGCCAAUUGAGUCCUCAGGCCAGACAGUAUUGAUUAAAGAUAUAUAUUUAUUUUAAUACAGUGGCCUUGAUCUUUCUGUAACUAUUAGCAAGUAAUCCAGCUUGGAAAAAGCAGUUUCUGAGCAUCACCGCUAAACCCCGGUAAGACCUCAGGCCAGAAAGUAUUAAUUAAAAUGUAUUAAUAUAUAUUCCAACAAAUAAUAUAUGACAAAGUUUUUAUUCUGAGCUGUAAACUAUAGGUAUAAUACACAUAUUAUUUCAAACAGCAGAACUUACCCUAUCUAACCUGUGCAACACUAUAGAUCUGUCAUUAAAUCUUGGCGAGUAAUCCAGCUCAGAAAAACAGUUAGCAUCAUGGAUAACUUGGGUUUGCCCAGCUGUUAAAAUUGAAGCUAACAUGCUAUUUUAUGCUUGAUAUUAAGAGACCUUGGUUGAGUCCUUAGGCCAGAUAGUAUUAAUUACAUUUUUAGGCAAAUAAAGGUAUAUCAAACAUUCAUACAUAUAACAAAGGUUAGUCUACAUUUACAAGAGAUAUAUUGCAAAAAAUAUAUUGCGGAAAAAAAACUAAAUAUGUAUGUAACUUAAGGUUUAUAUGCUUAUGUUAAGCCAAUUGGGUAAGCCAAUGAAUUUCUUAGAAUUAGCUCAAUCAUUUAGUCUCAAAUUGAGUGAAGUAAGACUUAAAUCAAUCAAAAAUCACUAAUAUUUUUUAAGCGCUGAUUAUUUUGCUUAAAUUUAGACAAAAUUAUCAAUAGUCAAUAAACUUGAAUAGAGACUUUUUGAUUAAGGUCACUAUUAUUUUACAGUAAAAUGAGCUAAAUCGUUUUACACGUUUACACUAUAAUGCUUAGUAAAAAGACCACAAUUCUGAACAUGAUAAAAAACAUGUAUAAAAAAGAUGUAUUGCGUUGACAUUAGAUAGUUUCAGUAUAUACUGUAGAUAUAUUAUGCUAUAUACUGCACUGUUUACAGCACCUGUCACUGACUGUUGAUUCAAGCUGAGCACAAAGGGCAGAACACCAUAUCGGCGCCUUAAUUACUGUUGAUAUCGAUGCUGGGAUUAUACAGUAUAUCCUUUUAACCAAAACUAAGUAAUAUAUUGUGAUAUAUAUUGAAUUUUAACUAUAUUCUCCAGCCCUAGUCCCUCUCUUAACCCCCUAAUCGUGUUCUGCGGUGUGUCGCCGGCUCUGAGAGCUGUGGCCGAUCCCGGUUAUAUGUGUUAAAUUUGUUAAAUGUAUUUAUUUGUGCAGUCCUCUCACAUCUAAUGUAGUUUUCCUUGUACAGCAAACGCAGCACACUGGCUAUCUGAGACUUCACCAUUACAGGCCUCCCCUGGUGGAUAGUGUGCUGUAGCACUAUUGAUUCCGGACUCAAUUUGCACUAAAUUGGUGGAGAGUGAAGCUGCAGCGCCGGAGCCCCAGCCUCGGGCCACUCGGUUCCUGACUCUGCACGGCCAAAAGUGCACAAGUGUGGCCAGAAAAAUAUAAAAUAGUAUAGCCACAUUUAGGAGGUGUAGUAAUGUACGUUGAAAUGUCUCGAUUAAUAUAUAUAUGACUGAAAAUGAUACUGGAUAAGAAAUAAAAUCGGCAUGACUAAAUCGAGACUACUGAGAUGGGAGUAGCUACUCGAUUUAUACACUGUCGCCAUCUCCGAAACAACUUUAUAAUAACCUCACAUCUAUAGCCUAGAUUUUAAAAUGUUCUAUGUAAAAUGUAAAAUGUUUUCAACAUCUCUGCUGGAUUUUCUCAGUCAGAUUUAUGAGAUUCUUGUCUCUUAAUAAAGUGUUUGAGAGCAUCAGUUAAAGUAAAGUAGUGAAGAGGUAGAGUUACAGGUAUACAGUGAAUAGUGAAUAUUUGAGUAAUGUUCUCAUCCAGAUUAUGAGAAGCAAGAAAUACUCAACUAAAUAAAGGAAAAAAAAAAGGUCAGUCAAGAGCCAUCGAUUUCUAAAAAAACAAAAAAAAAAGUAAAAUUUUUAAUACAGGUACUGUACCUGUGUCCCAUGACGUUUAGCAUUUUAGUGUAUUAUAAAUAAGAUUAUAAAAAUCAGACAUAUUUUCAGAAAUCAGAAAUUAUUAAGGCUUUUUCUCUGAAAGCACAUAGAAGCUUUCAGUUAACAGCUGUGCUCGUUAACUCGUCACGAGUUAAUUACUUGAAUUUAUUGCCUCUUAAUGUGUUUGAGAGCAUUUGAUUAAUGUUUUAAUCCAUAUUAUGAGGAGCAAAAACUACUCAACUAAGCAAAGAAAAGAAUUACUUUAAGAAAAUUAUCUUCAAGUGCAGUCACUGCAAAGACCAUCAAAAAAUGUAAAAUGAUGGAACUGGCACUCAUCAGGACAGGAUAGUUUCAUCAGCCUCAGAAAACGCUUAGCUCCCCAGUUAAAAGAUAUUAAAAUAGAUAAAAAAGAUGUAAAAUGAUGGAACUGGCACUCAUCAGGACAGAAUAGGUUCAUCAGCCUCAGAAAACGCUUAGCUCCCCAGUUAAAAGAUAUUAAAAUAGAUAAAAAAAGAUGUAAAAUGAUGGAACUGGUACUCAUCAGGACAGAAUAGGUUCAUCAGCCUCAGAAAACGCUUAGCUCCCCAGUUAAAAGAUAAUAUUAAGAUAGAUAAAAAGAUAUUUCAAGUUAAAUUAAACCACUAAAGUGAACUUAAAUAAAUGUCCCAAUUUGGGAUCUAGUCCCUUGAAUCAUCUUGUGCCCUCAAGUCCAUUACCUCUCCUCAUUUGCAUAUUGGGCGUGUCCUUCCACCUCUCACUCACCAUCGGUGUGUAGUCAUUUCCCCCAGGCUACAAGUCUUCAAUUGGGAUUUAUAUAUAUAUAUAUAUUUAUAUAUAUAUAUAUAUAUAUAUACACACUGUAUUUUGUUAUACAAUAGUUAAUAACGUUCUAUACGUAUAACUAUAAAUAGCGAACAUCAGAGAAACUUUGAAUUAAAUCGUCUAUCCGUCUAUCCAUUUCUUAAUAUUUAUUUUUCCCACCUUCCUAAAUAAAACCAUCCAUCUGAACAGUGCUCACGACAAUCAAAAGCAGAUUAUUAUGCAACUUUAAUACGACAAUCACUGCAGCUCAGUUCUUCAGGGUUUUAAAUGCGCUGAUGUUAAACACACUCACUGUCUCUGGGGUAAAGUACGCCGGCUCGUAUCUCAUCUCACCCGUUCUCCGGCACUCGUUUACCUUCAGUCUUUCUUUUCUUUUGUUUCCAGCUUAGAAAACAUCUUGCUUUAUGUUCGACUGUAGACUGUAGUCUUUUUUAAUACAAUAAAGCACAUUUUGCUUAAAGAAAA